GUAAAUCUACCUGUAGGAUUUUAUGGACGUACAAUAGCAGAUAACACGCGUGUCAUGUCGACUUCACUAUUUCGUUAUUGAACAUUAAGACACGGAGUUACCCACGAGUAGAUAUGUAGAUAUCUGGAGUCACUUAUCAAUCUGACCUCAGGAAAGGCGUUACCAGUACUUCUUGAUAAGUCAUAUCGAUUUCGCCACCCGCAUUCAAGUCAUUCAUCACGGCCGAGCCACCACGAGACCUGCAAUUGUACCCGGAAGAGAACCAGUUGGCGUGCAGGGCAAUUAAAGUGAAUCAUGUCAAGAGGUUACGAUCAAUAUGAUCGUGGCGGAUACCCUGAUAGAGGCGAUCGUGGCGGAUACCGCGGUGACUACCCCAACAGAGGCGACAGCCGAUAUAGUCGCGACCACGGAUACGAAAUGAGCAGACGACAGGAUUAUCGGAACGGCGACCCCGGGUACGACGACUACGACGACGGUCGUGGAAGGCGUGGUCACGACAAUGCCGCAUACUCCCAUGACGACGGCCCAAGGGGUAAAGGGAAGGGCAAACAAAAUGAUUACAUGGUUGAGGACAGCCCCAAGAAAGGCAAAAAGAAAGGGAAAGCCAAGGACGAGUAUGACCCAUCAAAGAAAGGCCCGAUUAAAAACAGAUCAUGCACAGACAUCAUCUGCUGUCUCUUGUUCUUUGUCUUCAUCAGCGGACUGGUCGUCGUGGCCUAUUUUGCAUAUGCCCUAGGCAACCCCAGUGCCCUACUCUAUCCGCAGAACUCAAAUGGCGAAACGUGUGGAUUUGGGAACCAGAAGGGGAGGCCUUACCUGUUCUUCUUCGACCUUGUGCAGUGCGCACGUCUCGGCCCGGGGGUGGUCGUCAAUGGAUGCCCUACGCCACAAGUGUGUGUAUCGAAGUGUCCAGAUGUCAACUAUGCGUUUUUUCAGUCCACAUUUGGAGAUAAAUCAGAUAUGAUAUGUAAAGACGGCGUUGAUAAAACCAAGGAUAUACACAAGCUUAUCAUCGACCAAGAGUGUGCUCCGUAUUAUCUUAAGAGUAGAUCGGUUGUUCAACGAUGCUUGCCUAUCGACGACUUACUAAAGCUUGGCGAAAGUGUCUUGGUAGACGGGAAAGGAAACAACGUGAACCUGACUGGAAUGAGCGGUGUAAUUAAUGGAACGACUCUACAAAAAGCAUCACAGGUGUUUGACAUUUUUUUGCAAGCCAAGCAGUACGGGGAGAAGGCCAUAGCUGAUGUGCAGACAACCUGGUGGAUGAUCUUAAUCGCCCUCUGCCUGGCGUGCCUGAUAUCCCUUAUAUGGAUUGUGCUGAUGCGAUGGAUCGCGGGGGUGAUGGUGUGGGUGACGGUUGUCGCCUUUGUCCUUCUUUUUGCCGGAGGCGCGGUGUUCGGCAUCUACAUGUAUCUCGAGACCAAGGGCAGCGCCGAAACCUUCUCUUUCCACAUCGCUGUCAUACAGAUGGAUUUUGCGAAAGAUAAAUUCUAUCUUGGUUUGGGCAUCACAGCAGGAAUAAUCUUCCUCAUCGUCUUCCUCAUCUUUCUCUUCCUCAUCCAGAGAAUCAGGAUCGCCAUUGCUCUCAUCGAGGAAGGCAGCAGGGCUGUAGGCAACAUGAUCUUCACACUGCUGUGGCCGAUCAUCCCGUUUGUUCUCCAGAUGGUGGUCAUUUCCGUGUGGGCGACUAUAGCUGUCUAUCUCGCCAGUGUGGGACGGAACCAGAAUACGUCAGCCCUUAACGUCACGUUUCCCAAUGGCACCAUAGACCCAACCGCAGUACAGAAGACAAAUCUCAUAGAUUUGGCUUGUGACCAACAGAUUUUGCCAACUACGAACACCUCGCUUGGAGAUUUCUGUACAAAACUGCGAUACAAUGGCGGAGACUACACCAUCUACCUGCAGAUCUACAACGUGUUCAUGUUCUUCUGGUUGGUCAACUUUGUCGUGGCCUUUGGUCAGAUGACCCUGGCCGGAGCGUUCGCCUCCUACUACUGGGCUUGGGACAAGAAGAAGGACAUCCCAACCUUCCCCCUCCUCGGGUCAUUAUGGCGGACACUCAGAUACCACCUUGGAACCCUGGCGUUUGGUUCGCUGAUCAUCGCGAUUGUACAGAUGAUCCGGGUGGCGUUAGAAUACAUCGACCACAAGCUGAAGGGGACAGAAAACCCCGUGGGGAAGUUCUUCAUCAAAUGCCUGAAAUGCUGCUUCUGGUGUUUGGAGAAAUUCUUGAAAUUGUUGAAUAAAAAUGCUUACAUUUUGACUGCUGUGUAUGGCAAAAACUUUUGCAUGGGAGCUAAAAAGGCAUUUGUGCUGAUUCUGGAAAACAUAGUUCGAGUGGCAGUUGUUGACAAGGUGACGAAUUUCCUGUUGUUCAUCGCGAAACUGGUGGUUGUUGGCGCUGUAGGAGUGAUGUCAUUUUUCUUCUUCGAUGGGCGGAUAUCCUUCUUGAGGACCUACACACCUGCCCUGAACUUCUACUUCGUGCCUAUAAUUAUCAUCAUCCUGGCAACGUACAUCAUCGCCUCCUGUUUCUUCAGUGUGUACGAGAUGGCAGUAGACACACUGUUCAUGUGCUUCUUAAUGGACAUCGACAAGAACGACGGAUCCUCAGAAAAACCCUACUUCAUGAGCAAAAACCUGAAGAAAAUCAUGGGAAAGAAAAACAAACCCCCGCCUGAACGGGAGGAGGAGGACAGACAUCACAGAGGGAAGAAAUAACCUCUUAAACACC